AAAAUCCCUCGCGCACACAAAAAAAAAACCCGAAAAAAAUAAAAUAAAAAUGAUUUCUCAUAUUCUCUUCCUUCAGCUUCUCCUCUUCAUCCCACCAACACUCUCACUGAACCAUCAACCCAACUGUGACCUAAACGCUCACAACCAAGGCUCAACCCUAAAGAUCUUCCACAUAGACAGCCCAUGUUCACCCUUCAAACCCAAAACCUCACUCCCCUGGGAGGCGCGUGUACUUCAGAUGCUUGCCGACGACGAGGCUCGCCUCCGAUAUCUGAGCAGCCUGAUCGCCGGGAAAUCUAACAUCCCCGUGGCCUCGGGUCGUCAGAUCCUAGGAACUCCCACGUACAUUGUUAAGGCACGGGUCGGGACUCCGGCUCAGUCCCUGCUCGUGGCCGUGGACACGAGCAGCGACUUCACCUGGUUCCCUUGCACCGGCUGCGUCGGUUGCCCGUCGAAGACGGGUUUUUCGCCGGAAAAGUCGACUACGUUCAAGAACGUUAGCUGUAACUCUCUUCAGUGUAGGCAGGUCCCCAAUCCCACGUGCGGCACCGGCGCGUGCGCUUUUAACCUCACCUACGGCAGUUCCUCCCUCGCCGGAAACUUCUCUGUCGACACUCUCCGCCUCGCCGCUGACCCGAUCCCCUCCUUCGCCUUCGGCUGUGUCCGCCGGGUCUCUGCAGGAGCCACCGUCACUCCGCCGCAGGGCCUGUUGGGCCUUGGCCGAGGCUCAUUAUCACUCUUGUCCCAGUCUCAGUCUCUCUACAAAUCCACGUUCUCUUACUGUCUGCCGAGUUUCAGGUCACUUAACUUCUCCGGGUCGUUGAGAUUGGGCCCGACGGCUCAGCCGAUUCGUCUUAAGUUCACGCCUCUGCUCCGGAACCCUAGGAGGUCGUCGCUGUAUUACGUCAAGCUCGUCGGGAUCCGCGUCGGCCGGAAAGUUGUCGACCUCCCUCCGGAUGCCAUUGCCUUCAAUCCCACCACCGGCGCCGGAACCAUCAUCGACUCCGGGACAGUGUUCACUAGGCUGGCGACGCCGGUUUACGAGGCGGUGAGGAACGAGUUCAGGAAGCGCGUGAAGCCACGCUCCGCCGUCGUGUCGUCCUUGGGUGGUUUCGACACGUGUUAUUCGACGUCGAUCGUCGCGCCGACGGUGACUUUCGUGUUCCCCGGUGUGAACUUGACGAUUCCGGCGGAGAAUCUGUUGAUCCACAGCACGUUGGGGAGCACCACGUGCUUGGCCAUCGCGGCGGCGCCGGACAACGUCAACUCUGUGGUCAACGUGAUCGCCAGCAUGCAGCAGCAGAACCACCGCGUCCUAAUCGACGUUCCCAACUCUCGGCUCGGCCUGGCCCGCGAGCGUUGCUCGUGAGGACGGGACGCUAGGCAUGACCAUGUGCUUCCACUCGUCGGAGAUUAAUCCUUGUUAUUAAUAAAUAAAUUAGAAAAAAAAAAACUUAUAUUUGGGUUUGUUGUUAAGGAUUUUGAUUGUCAAGUUUGUGAUAUGGUAACGUGUUUUUGUUGAUCGACUCUCGGGUUACUAGAGUACACUCGUAGGGAACAAGUUACGUGUCGUGGAAUGUGUUUGGAGUUUUCUUUUAAUUAGCGUAUGAAUGAGAAUUUUAAUCUUUUUAUGAUC